AUGGUGUGUUCCCGGCGCCUUCGGAGGCUCCGGCGCAUGCUAGCCUUGCUGGCGGGCUUGACGGUGGCGACCUUUGCCCUCCACAGCACCCUCUUGGCGGCGCCCCCGCCACUGAGCGGUUGCCGCGUGGAGUCCCCGCUGCUGGUGGGACCCCGACCCGUGCAUCUGCCCACGUCACCCCCGACGUUGGCGGAGAUCGGAAGGAGGAGCACGUUGGUGUCGCCAGGCGGAUUCUACCGUCCGCCGCAUUGCCAAUCUCGGCACCGCACGGCCAUUGUGAUACCGUACCGGGCCCGGCUGACGCACCUGCGCUAUCUCCUGGACCACCUUCAUCCUUUCCUGCAGAGGCAGCAGAUCUACUACAAAAUCUACGUGGUGGAACAGGUAAGGCCACACACCUGGGGUGACGGCACCUUCAACAAAGGCAUUCUCUUCAACGCCGGCAUCGUGGAAGUUCUCCGAGACGAUGACUGGAGCUGCAUUAUCCUCCAUGACGUGGACCUGCUGGCCGAGGACGACCGCAACACCUACGCCUGUGACAAUUACAACCCAAUGCACUUGGCGGUGGCCAUUGAUAAGUUUGAUUACAGGCUGCCGUACCGUGAAUAUUUCGGCGGGGUUGUUGCAAUGACUCCGGAGCAGUACAGGAAGAUAAACGGUUUCUCCAACCAGUAUUGGGGCUGGGGGAGAGAGGACGAUGAUUUGUGGAAAAGAGUGGGUCUGUCCGGCAUGAAGGUGGUGCGCCCCUCAGUGAGAUUCGCCCGUUACAAAAUGAUCAAGCACGAACGAGACCCAGGAAAUGAAGAAAACCCGCACAACUUUGACAUCCUGAAACGGACCAAACUGGACUGGCGCUCGGACGGCCUCAACAGUCUGUCUUACAAACUCCUCUCCAAAGAACAGAAAGCUCUCUUCACUCAUCUCACCAUCGACGUCGGAGAAAAGCCUCGGACGUGA